AUGCUGGGAAAACUAGUUUUCUUAGCAGUAAUUGGAGUAUUCCUGGUAGAUGCCACGUGUGACACAACGAAAUUCGUGGCUUGUCAAGACAAAUUUGCUGAUAAAUUGGGUAUUGAUCGAGUUUAUAAUUGGUUGAAUCCACUCGGUUUGACUCUUCAAAUUCAAGACAUUUAUAUAAAUGGAGGAGUUGCUGCUGAAAGAGGAUUGAAUGUUGUCUGCAACGCGUACAACUCAAUGGUUCAAUGUCUUUCGGAUGCUUCCACCACCACUUUCGAAUGUUUUGAUAUCGGAUACCUUCUGACUCAUUCCUCUGCACCAAACCAAGCAUAUUCUUAUGGAUUUCUGAUGAGUAUGCUUCAAUAUCAAUGUGGAGCUGGAUUCUAUUUGGCAUCUGACAAUUGGCAAUGUAUGCAGAGAAUUUACAAUGGAAAGAAUGCCACAAUGUAUGGAUGUAUCACUGAUUUUGUAUUGAAUGCUCAAGAAGAUCCGAAACGAGGAUGUAACUAUGUUCAAACUGGAAUGGAUUGCUUCUCGAAGGCAUCAAUUCUUCAAGGAUGUCCUGAUGAGUUGAAGUACUACGGGUGUGAAUCAUUCCGUCAGUAUUCUCUUCCACAAUUCGCUCGUUGUGACAAACAAUGCUCGAUUGAUACACAGUAUCGGGGAAUUUGA